UGGAUAAAUUGAAUGAAGCAUAAUACAGUAUAAUCUUUGGGUUGAUUGGCACGAGAGAAAAUUUGGUUUUUCUUUUAGGGGAGGCUUGAUCUCGAGAUUUGUAUGAGAGACCAUACAUAUAAGUGUCAUUUAAACUACUUGUGAUUAUUCCAAAAUACCCUGGUGUGAAAACGAGUCACAACGACAAGAGUCGGCAAUCUAGACUUUUUGCCCCGCUAAAAUCGUGAAACUAAUUUGGUAAGGGUAGAAAAAUUAUAAUAUGAUAUUCCUAAAAUACCCUCUCAACAUACCAUUUGAACACAAAAUCAAGCUCGCAUUCAUUUCUCAUGGCCAAAUAGCUUCUUGAGGCCAUCCCUUCCUUCCAUUCAAAAUCUCGCCAAAAAAUGACUCAUUUCAACCUUUCACGCUCGAUCAGGUGCCGCGUUGUCUUCCUCCGGCGAUUCCUCCAUCGCUUCUGGAACCAUGUUCUCAUGUGUUCCAUAGGAAAGCCGGUUCAAUAUCGGAUGCUACCUCCAUCACCGACGAAUCCGUCUCCUUCACCAUCUCCGGUGGAAACUGAGAUCGGAGUGCCACCAGUGAGCGUGGCGCCAUUGUCUGAUAAUGUUGACAAUGACUCAGAUUUGGUUUCUUUGAAGAUCACCCUCUUGGGCGACACCCAGAUUGGAAAGACUAGUUUCUUGGAGAAGUACGUAGGGGAUUCCAAACAACAAAAACCCGUUGGCUCGGAGACGAAGGGAUUAACGUCCAUGGACAAGACAUUGUUUGUCAAAGGUGUUCGUAUUUCUUACAGUAUCUGGGAAGUUGAAGAUGACAGUAGGUCUGUGGAACGAAUGCCUAUUGCUUGUCAGGAUUCUGUGGCGAUUUUGUUCAUGUUUGAUCUAUCAAGUCGGCGUACAUUGAACAGUGUGAUAACCUGGUACCAAAAAGCUAGGAAAUGGAAUCAGAGGGCAAUUCCCAUUCUAAUAGGCACUAAGUUUGACGAAUUCAUCCAGCUCCCUAUUGAUUUGCAAUGGACAAUUGCCAGCCAGGCUAGAGCAUAUGCAAAGGGUAUGAAUGCUACUCUCUUCUUUUCUAGUGCUACCUACAACAUUAACGUGAACAAGAUCUUCAAGUUCAUUACUGCCAAGCUCUUUGACCUCCCAUGGACUGUGGAGCGCAACCUCACCAUUGGAGAACCCAUUAUCGAUUUCUAGUUUCCUUUCUUAUGCAGCUUAGAAAUGGCUGUUAAACUCAGGUCAACCGAUCACUGGACUAGAUAGCUAGGAAAAUUUUAUUCUAGUGAUUAUUCGAGUUGUUUAGUCAGAUUAUGGUGGAAUAAAGCAGAGAGAGACAACCUGGAUUUGAUUUUCAACUUGACUUUUUAAUGGUGCAUAGUA